GAGAGCCCUCACGCCAAGCGCAGGGACCGACAGAACAGUGCACGCAGCACAGCAAUCGCAGCCCCUCCCACGCCUCUCAAAGCUGAUUUAUUAAGCCUUAACCUCCUCCUUGGAGCACAGAGCAUCGCUGGUCCUGCACCUCCGCGGCGGCCGGCAUUUCGCAAGAAUCGAUGGGGUGCAAGUCGUGCCAGAAGCCCAAGGCGCAGCACCGCAAGGGGCUGUGGUCGCCGGAGGAGGACCAGAAGCUCCGCGACUACAUCGUCCGCUACGGCCACAGCUGCUGGAGCACCGUCCCCGUCAAGGCCGGGCUUCAGAGAAACGGCAAGAGCUGCAGGCUGCGAUGGAUCAACUACCUGAGGCCGGGGUUGAAGCACGGCAUGUUCUCCCGGGAGGAGGAGGAGACCGUCAUGAGCCUCCACGCCACACUAGGCAACAAGUGGUCUCAGAUAGCGCAGCACCUGCCGGGCCGGACCGACAACGAGGUGAAGAACUACUGGAACUCGUACCUGAAGAAGCGCGUCGAGGGCGCGCGGGCGCCAGCCAAGUCCGCCGGCUCGGACGCGCCCCGGAGCCCGACGCCCAGCGACAGCGGCCGCGAACGCAGCACCGUUAACCAGCCGUCCAACUCCGGCUCGUCCGGCCCGCCCGAGUCGUCGUCGACGGCCGACGACUCGAGCAGCCUCACCGGGCCCGGCGCGGCCGGCUCGAUCCGGCCGCACGCGCCCGUGCUCCCCAAGGUGAUGUUCGCGGACUGGCUCGACAUGGACAUGGACUACGGCGCCGGCCUGAUGGCUCCGAGCGCCCUGGACGCCGCCUUCGACUGCAGCCCGGCGCAGCAGGGCGCGAGCGGGAGCACCACGGUGGACGGUCGUUGCGGCGCCGUGGACUCGUUGCAGGGGCUCGGCGACGGCGGCAUCUGCUGGGAGUUCGAGGCGGACAUGCAGGGCGGAGGAGCAGGGUUCUGCGACCUGCUCUCCAUGAGCGAGUUCCUCGGGAUCAACUAGGCGGGAACCCCGGCGUCGCGGGUGAGGCAGCAGGCUAAGCCGACCGUCGUGAUCGAGCGAGCGGCGAAGUGUUCUGCGGCAAAGCGUCGCGGGGUGUUUGAUUCGUUGUUCCGUGCUGUAAAUCAUCGUGCCGUGUUUGUGCAGUUUUAAACUUUUUUUCUUUCUUUUUGCCUAUAAUUGUGCAGUCUUAAGGUUUAGAGUGUAGCGAACAAAGCGUUUAAUUUCUUCGUAAGAGUUUGUAGCCCCGCUCUGGUCCCGGGGAACGUGUAUACAGAAAUAACAACGAGGGCAGAGCGCAAGGAUUUCAUGGUUUCAUAGGUUCCGUA